ACAAUUAUCCUGUGGGACAUUGCUUCGAUUGUGACGUGGUUGGUGUGGCUACAAAGAGACGAGCUGGUCAUAAUACUGAUAACUUCCUACAGGUGGUUCACUAAGUUAUUAUGGAAUAAUUCAGUUGGUAUUUUAUUCUCAAUAGUUAGCAAACCGUUUCGUGCAGUCUUCUCUGGCAUUGAGACCUCUAGGCUGCUGCGCUGGGACACGCCCUGGGACUGUCCUAACCCUGGGACUGUCUGCAUCAUCAUGAAGCUGUACAGCCUAAGCGUCCUCCACAAAGGAGCGACUAAAUCCAAUCUCCUCAAAUCCGCAUAUGACCUCUCCUCCUUCAGUUUCUUCCAGCGCUCCAGUGUCCAAGAGUUCAUGACCUUCACCAGCGCCUUGAUUGUGGAGCGUUCUGCACACGGCAGCCGAGCCUCAGUCAAAGAACAAGGGUACCUGUGCCAUGUGUAUGUACGGAAUGACAGUCUGAGUGCAGUGGUGAUAGCAGACAGCGAGUACCCCCAAAGAGUCGCCUUCACACUACUAGACAAAGUGCUAGAGGAGUUCUCCAGGCAAGUGGAAAGUAUAGACUGGCCAUCUGGAAACCCAGACACCAUCAACUACAAAGCCCUGGACAUCCACCUGGCCAAAUACCAGAACCCCAGAGAGGCAGAUGCAAUGACCAAAGUGCAGGCUGAGCUAGACGAGACAAAAAUCAUUUUGCACAACACCAUGGAGUCUCUGUUGGAGAGAGGGGAGAAGCUGGAUGACCUGGUGCAGAAGUCUGAACACCUGGGGAACCAGUCUAAAGUCUUUUAUAAGACUGCACGGAAGCAGAACUCAUGCUGUGAGGUCAUGUGAUGUUGCUGGACUGUCCUCUUGGAUAUGUCUCUCUUGGCCUUUCUGCUCAUUUUACAACUUCCAUCGUGCCCCAGCCUCCAGGAGACAGAAUGGCCUCCACUCAGUCUCUGGGAGGGAGCAGGGGAGGGAGGACGUGGGAUCUCUGGAAUCUCUUUACAUGCUUACUGGGGAAGAGGAGAGGGGGGUGGGGCUGCAGGACUGGUGGGGUUUCAUCAGGAAAAUAUCAUACUUAUUGGCUUCAUUGUAACAGUUCAAAAGAUGUUUUGAGGAGGUUCAUAGCCAGCCAGGACGUGUUUGUUGUUCAAAAUGUCUUAAACUGUUUCCUGAGUUCAGACUGUAUCAGAGUCUUAAUCUGAGUUUGAGCUCAGCUUUCUGGGAGUUUUGAUCUUAUGCGUGGCGUUAAAGAAACCCUGACAAUCUCCCUCUGUACUCAGUGCAGUAACUCACAGGAUCUGCUGGUGAUCUCAUUAAGGUCUGGUAGUGACAUUUUUAUUUCCUCUGCCCAGUAGAUGACACUGUUUCCUCACAUUCGUAGUUCAGGUAUGUUCAAUUCUGUAUGUAAAGGGCCUCUGUGUAGUCCAGAGUAAUACCAUUUUGUGUAAUGUGAGCAAAGUGUCUGUAUGUAACUGGGCCUGAGGCAACAGAACUCCAUGAUCAAAUCCUCUGAGUUUGUUUUCAAAGCUCAUUUCUACAGGACAUUAAUUGGAUUAGUUCACAUAUAGUUGUUUUGAUUAUGUAACCUAAUCAAAACAACAAUAUGUAACCUAUUGUUCUCUAUGAAGACGUGAAAACUUUGAAACAUUCCCAGGUCUUUCAAAUUCACAAGUUGAUUGGUAUUGUAGCACAAGCGGAUGAACUUAUGUUGAACUAAAAUGGGAUGGCCUGUACUUAUAGAGCAUUGUGUAGUGAUGUCUACAGAUUCUCAUUGAUACACAAAGCCUUAUUAAAAUAUGGGUUAGAUUGAA